GGUUUUCCAUUGUGAGGCUGAAUUAUAAAAUGUUUGAAAAUUGAAAUGUAGGUGGAAAGCUUGUGUACUAGACAACUAAGAAGAGAGCAAGUGGACCUAAAUGCCCAGUUACUGGGAAAAGGAUCCAAGGGGCUUCCCGCGCGUACCAAAUUAAAUGAAUCAUCUCAUCUGUAAAAACAGACUAAACAAAGUCUCUCUUUCCUUUGGAAAGCUAAAAUCUUCUCUCGCUGUUAUCGACAACAGCCCAUCAGUAAUCACUAGUCAACGUGAACCAGAUGUCACCGCUUUUGACCCAUUUCGUUUCUUCAGUCAUCUCGCUAAAACAAAACGCUACACCAUCAGAGACGCUAAAAUUAUACAUGCCCAUUUGCUUAGAUCAGGUUUACUGCAGACCAAUGUUUUUCAUUUCAAUUUUUUGCUUGAUUGUUACUGUAAAUCAUCUUCUAUGGUUAAGGCACUCAAGUUGUUCGAUACAACUCCUAAAUUAAACGUUAUUUCUUGGAAUAUUAUGAUUUCUGGUUACAACAAUGUUUCUUUAUUGGAGGAUUCUCGGAGGUUCUUUUGUAGGAUGCUUUCAUUGGGAUUUGAACCUGAUGAGAUCACCUAUGGCAGUGUUCUUUCUGCUUGUUCCGCAUUGCAAGCUACUUCGUUUGGCAUGCAAGUUUAUUCCUUAGCAAUUAAAAAUGGGUUCUAUACAAGUGGCUAUGUUCGGGCUGGAAUGAUAGAUUUGUUUGCGAAGAAUUUUACUUUUGAGGAUGCUUUGAGGGUAUUUGGUGAUGUUUCAUGUGAGAAUGUGGUUGUUUGGAAUUCUAUUAUAUCUGGGGCUGUGAGGAAUGGAGAUUACUGGAUUGCAUUGGAUCUGUUUCGCCAAAUGGGUCAUAGGUCUCUGGUUCCAAAUAGUUAUACAUUUUCAAGUGUUUUGUCGGCUUGUGCUAUGCUAAGGGAACUUGAGAUUGGGAAAGAAAUUCAAGGGAAGUUGAUCAAGUGUGGUGCAAACGAUGUUUUUCUGGGGACUGCUGUUGUUGACUUGUAUGCUAAAUGUGGAGAUCCAGAUGAUGCUAAGAAAGAAUUCUGGCGGAUGCCAAUCCGAAAUGUGGUUUCUUGGACUGCUAUCAUUUCUGGCUUUGUGCAGAAGGGAGAUUCUUUCCUUGCCCUCAAAUUUUUUAAAGAAAUGAGGAAAACAAGCGUGGAAAUUAACAUCUAUACAGUUACAAGUGUCAUUACCGCCUGCGCAAAACCAUGUAUGUUGAAAGAGGGAGAAGAGAUACAUUCAUGGAUUCUAAAAACUGGGUUCUAUAUGGAUCCAGUGGUAAUUGCUGCACUAAUCAAUAUGUACUCAAAAAUAGGGUGUACUGGUUUAUCUGAGAAGGUUUUUGCAGAGAUGGAAGAUAGAGUGAGUCCAAGUAUAUGGACUGUUAUGAUAUCUUCUUUUGCUCUGAAUCAGAGCUCUCAAAAGGCAAUUGAAUUGCUACAAAGAAUGUUAUGGGAAGGUCUGAAACCUGAUGAGUUUUGUAUUUCUAGUGUUUUAAGUGUUAUAGACUCUUUAGAUUUGGGGAAACAAAUCCACUGCUGUGCUCUUAAAGCUGCAUUGAUUAAUGAUCUUUCUGUUGGUUGUUCUCUUUUGACAAUGUACUCUAAGUGUGGCAAUUUGGAGGACUCUUAUAAAGUGUUUGAGCUAAUUCCUAUCAGAGACAAUGCUUUAUGGGCCUCAAUGAUUGUUGGAUGUUCAGAACAUGGCUUUGUACAAUUAGCUUUUCAAUUAUUCAGGGAAAUGCUAGUUGAAGAAAUUAUGCCCGAUCAAAUUACUCUCUCUGCAAUCCUUAAAGCUUGCUUUUCUCUUCCUUAUCUGAAAAUGGGUAAGGAAAUUCAUGGGUAUGUUCUUCGUGCUGGAAUUGACAAAACACUUAUCGGUGGUGCACUUGUAAGCAUGUACUCAAAGUGCAGUGCACUAAAAUCAGCUAGGAGGGUACUUGACAUUCUACCUCUAAAAGAUAAGGUUUCAUGUGCUUCAUUAAUUUCAGGAUAUGCCGAAAAUGGCUUAAUUGAAGAUGCAGUCUUCUUGUUCUAUGAAAUGCUGACGUCUGAUUUAGCAGUUGACUCCUUCAUGCUUUCAUCUGUUCUAAGAGCUAUUUCUUUCUCAUACAAAUCAGGCCUUGGGACUCAACUGCAUGGCUACAUCAUGAAAUUGGGUUUAGACUCUGAAAUUUCUGUUGGAAGUUCGCUUGUUACAAUGUAUUCAAAAUCUGGAAGUGUUGAAGAUUGCUGUAAAGCAUUCCAACAGAUUGAUGAACCUGACCUAAUCGCUUGGACAGCUUUGAUAACAAGCUAUGCUCAAAAUGGAAAAGGGGCAGAGGCUUUGAGAAUCUUUGAGUUUAUGAAAAAUAAAGGAAUCAGACCUGAUUCAGUGACCUUUGUUGGGGUUUUAUCCUCUUGUAGCCAUAAUGGUUUGGUUGAGGAAGGAUAUUUCCAUUUUAAUUCAAUGGCCAAAGACUAUGGAAUCAAGCCUAAUAACCAUCACUAUGCUUGUAUGGUUGAUCUUCUUGGUCGCUCUGGGAGAUUAAAAGAGGCUGAGAAGUUCAUAAAAAACAUGCCCAUAGAACCUGAUGCUUUGGUAUGGGGAACAUUGCUUGCUGCUUGUAAAGUGCAUGGAGAUAUUGAACUUGGAAGGCUAGCAGCUGAGAAUGUUAUGAAGUUGGAUCCAUGUGAUGCUGGAGCUUAUGUUUCCUUGUCAAAUAUCUGUGCAGAAGUUGGCCAAUGGGAAGACGUCCUAAAAGUCAGGAGCCAGAUGAGGGGAACUGGAGUUGAAAAGGAACCUGGUUGGAGUCUUACGUGAAAUGAAUCUGAGAACUGAAGGGUAAAUCUUGGAAGCCUACAAACUAGUUGGAGUUUGCUCAUUUAUGCAAACCAGUCAAUGUUCUACAAACUGGUUGGGGUUCAUUUUCACAUUGAAUCUGAUGGAACUACUAACAGACUGAUCAAGAUCCCAUGCAGGUAGGAGAGAAUUCAAAUUUGUGCAACGAAAUAUUUUAUGAACUUAGCACCUUCGCAGUCCUGCAGGUUAUUAAUCCCCAGUUUUUCUUUACUUUAGUUUAUUGAUUCUUCAUGUAUAAAUUUGGAUUCCGAUGUGAAUUUUUGACCUAUAAGAUUAUUUGGGAACAAGUUCAUAUUAUAAGGGCAUGGAGCCUAUCUUA